AUGGUUGUUGAUUUGGCUCAAUACGAUGAAGAACAAGCUCGUCUCAUGGAGGAAAUGUGCAUUGUAAUCGAUGAAAAUGAUAACCGUGUCGGUGCUGAUUCCAAAAAGACUUGUCAUUUGAUGGAGAAUAUCAAUCAAGGUCUCUUGCACCGUGCAUUCAGCGUGUUUCUAUUUGACUCGGAGAAUCGACUCCUGCUUCAACAGCGUGCACCUGAAAAGAUUACAUUUCCCAACAUGUGGACCAACACUUGCUGUUCUCAUCCACUCAAUACGCCUUCUGAAUUGGUGGAGGAAAAUCAAUUGGGGGCACGCACUGCAGCUCAGCGUAAACUCGAACAUGAACUUGGCAUCCCACCUGAACAAGUACCCCUGGACAACUUUGAAUACCUCACUCGCAUCCAUUAUGUCGCUCCCAGCGAUGGUACUUGGGGAGAACAUGAAAUCGACUACAUUUUCUUUAUCAAGAGCAAUGUCACCUUGAAUGUCAAUCCAAAUGAAGUCAGCAACACCAAGUAUGUCACACAACAAGAAUUACGCGCCAUGAUGGAUGAUAGCGAUGUGCCCAUGACGCCAUGGUUCAAGCUGAUUUGCGAUUCCUUUUUGUUCAAAUGGUGGGAAAAGAUCGAUUCGCUCGAGACACAAAAGGAUGAGACCACCAUCCACAGAUUAGGCUUUUAG